AUGCAAACUGAUUCAGAUUUGGUGGAAAAUUAUGAAAGAGCCUCCAAAAAGCAAAAAACCACCAUUAAUAUUCUCACAUCGGAGAUUGAUAAUUUAAUUGAAUAUGUUGAGAGUUGUAAAAAUCAAAUACAAAAUGAAGGAAAGAGCAUAAAAGAUAUUGGAAAGGAUGUUAUUACUCAUAUUAAAAACACUCAUACUAAAUUUCAACAGGCUCAUAAAGAGUUUCAUUCACAACUUUCGAAAUUUGGAAAAACAAUUAAUGAAAAAUUCCCUCCCGAUCAGGAGAAGAUUAUUCAAGACAAGGUGAAACUCUCUGAGGAUAUAAUCAAUCAAAUUAUUGCUGAACACUUUUUCAGAGAAGGAAAUACAGAUGUUGGAGAAUUAUUCGAAAAGGAGGCUGGUGUUACAGUCUCUAAUGAUUUUAAGGAACAAUUUAGAGAAUUGAAUGCCAUUAGUCAAUCUCUUAAAAGAAAGGAAAUUAGUAGAGCCCUUGAAUGGUGUAAUUGUCACAUUGAAAAGGCUCGGAAUCAUGAUAAAGUUGAUGAAAAAGAAUUUAGAGAUUUGAGGAUGUUAGCAUUUCAAUUGCACAAGCUUCAAUAUGUUGAAUUACUGGUACAGAAUGAUUCCAAGAAGGCUAUUCAAUAUGCUAGAGAUAAUUUACAAUCCUUCUCCGAUCAAAAUAUUGAGGAAAUUAAAUAUUUAAUGGGAAGCAUUCUUUACUCUGGAAGAGACAAGUUACUCAAAUCUGAAAGAUAUAGACCUUUACUUGAUGAAUCACUGUGGACUGAAGUACUUCGAUUAUUUAAGAAAAUUGGAUGUAGAAGAAUCAACCAAGCUAUGGAAUCUCCUCUUUAUGUUUCCAUUACUGCAGGUUAUCAAGCUGUGCCUACAUUGAUCAAAUUGGCUAGUGUGACACAAGGAAUGGAUUUAAGGACAUCUUCAGAACAAUUAGCUAUUGAGAUUGAUUUGGAUGACGAAUUCCAAUAUCAUUCUAUAUUUUCAUGUCCAGUUACAAAAGAACAAACCACUCCAGAAAAUCCUCCACUAUUGCUUCCUUGCAAUCAUGUGCUAGCAGAAUCUUCUGUAAAGAAAAUCCUCUCCACCACAAGAAGCGCUCCAAAGUUCAAGUGCCCAUAUUGUCCUUCUGUUUCAGAGCUUGUGCAUUGUAAGGUUGUCCAUUUCUAA